GGUGACAGUGUUUGUUGGCUUCUUAUGAUGUGUGCACACAAAUGUUAUUCGAGAAAAAGUGCGAUGUUAUCAGGUGUUUUGUCACAGAAACGCGGAACGAAAGUAUGGGCAGGUGUACGUAUGUGGUGGUUCUCAGGGAAAUGUGCUGGCAGGGCUAAUAAUUUGACGAUAGAAACUGCGCGACCAGUUUCUACAUGAGGUUGAGACCCGUAUGUAACAGUUACAUUUAUCCUUUUCGGUUAUUUGAGGAGAGUAAUGGUAACCCUUAGAUUUUUUUUUGCAGAGGAUGGCCUGGUGCGCCUGCUUGGGCGCUGCAUGAAAAAAAUUACAAAGGCAGGUCGGCAGGAGCGACGGCUCAAGAAAUGCCUUGAGGUGAACAAGGACGCCCCGGAGAGCUUGAAGAAGGAAGUUCGCGACAGGCGCAAUGCGCUGUUAAACAGCAUUGACGAAGUGCUCAACUAUCAAGAGGGAGCGGAAGUGGCUCAAGAGGCGGCGGCGGCAGCAGCGUCCUCCGACGAAGAGGACGCGGCAAUCUACCCCCAGCUGGCCGACCUCUUGGAUGCAGCCUUCAACAAACUGAACACAUGGAAGGGCGCUGCUGUCCGCGCGAGAAACUCCACUCGGAGCGAGGACAUGGCCGCUUUGGUGGCAGCCAAAAGUGCAGGGCGGCAAGCACUUCAAGAUCUGCGCGCUGAAAUGCAAACCCUGCAAACUGUAUAGUGUGUGUGCGUGCGUGUGUGUGUGUGUUUGUGCGUGUGUGCGUGUGCGUGUGUGUGUGCGUGCGUGCGUGUGUGUGUGUGU